AUGGCUCAGUCAAAUCAUGCCCCCGACGAUGCAGCCUUGCGUGCUCACGCUCGCGACUCAUUGAUGAAUACUUGGAUUCCGGCCAUAUUCGGGUCUGCAUCGAGCCGGCUUUUCAAGCUCCCUCCAAAGCCCAAGCCGCUUGAUUACGUCUACGGGUUGAACAUGGAGUCCAUCACAGAGCACGCCUCGACCUACACGGAGCCCAUAGAUGACAAGCCGACACAAUCCAAAACUAGCGACAACUAG